AUGUCAGAUCAAGAAUUAUACUGUAUAUGUAACGGACCCUAUCAUGAUAAUGAAUUUAUGAUUCAAUGUGACGUCUGUAACGACUGGUUUCAUGGACGAUGUAUUGGAAUUGAAGAGUACGAAGCGUCUCGUAUUGACACAUACCACUGUCCUAAAUGUUCCGAUUUGUUCGGACCAUUAACGUGUAAGAAGGACUUUAGUUACGAAAAUUCGCAUAACUUGCUAGCCAUUCAAAAUGGAAACGUGUCCUUCGUAAAACAACUAGACGAUCGCAACUUUUCUUGUGGGGAAGAAAUUAUACUGAAUUUAACUGGCGCAGACCUGAGUCCUAAUUUUCUUGAAAGUGAAGGAUUUCGACGACCGAUUUUGGUUAAGAACAAAUCUGACCUGGACAUCACCGUACCCCCAGCGACGUUUACGGUAGCUGACGUCGAAAGAUAUGUCGGAUCAAUGCGAAAUCUAGAUGUAAUCGAUGUGGCAAGGCAGGCACAUAUUAAUAUGAAGAUGCGUGAAUGGACGGAAUAUUAUAAUAGCAGCGACAGAAAGAGAGUAUUAAAUGUGAUCAGCUUAGAGUUUUCUGAUACGAGAUUGUCUGACUUAAUCGAAGCUCCAGCUAUUGUGAGACAUAUAGAUCUACUAAAGCACGUCUGGCCAAAAUUUUCAUCGGAAACAGGCCCUUUUCGUAGGCCUCAAGUUAAGAAAUACUGUCUCAUGAGUGUAAAAGCUAGCUAUACUGAUUUCCACAUUGAUUUUGGUGGUUCCUCGGUUUGGUAUCAUGUCCUAAAAGGCGAAAAAGUAUUUUAUUUAAUCGAACCAACGCCUGAAAAUUUAAUCACAUACGAGCAAUGGGUUUCCUCAAAGCUACAAAAUGAAGUUUUCUUAGGGGAUGAAAUGCAAUGCUAUAAAUGUCGUAUAAGACAAGGCGAAACUCUAUUCAUACCAACCGGGUGGAUUCAUGCAGUUUAUACACCGACGGAUUCUUUGGUUUUUGGAGGAAACUUUUUACAUUUCUUAAAUAUGGAAUUGCAAUUAAAGGUGUAUGACUUGGAAAUCAGGUUGAAUACUCCAGAGAAAUUUCUGUUUCCUUUCUUUGAGACUUGUAUCUGGUAUUCCGGACGCUAUCUAGUGGAUCUUAGGGGAGGUGAUUCAGAAAGUAAUCUAAAAUAUCAUUAG